CUUGCAUCAUUUACUUAAUAAGAACAUCUUCCUCCUAUCUUGCCUUGUCAAUAAAAUCUGUCUCUCCAUUUCUUUGUUCAAUAUCAGUCUUUGCUUCCAAGAAUAUAUAGUAAUUUCAAUUUUUUACACAAUAAAUAUUCUUCUUUGUGCGUAUGUGUGUUUGCAUGGUGGAAAAAUAAGCGCGCGAUGAGAAUGCAGUGGCUAUGGCGGAAUUUGUUGGCAGCGGCAGUGUUGGUGAUGGCAGGAGCGGUGGCUGCCGGCGGAGAAAAUGUGAGUUAUGACGGAAGGUCGUUAAUAAUAGAUGGACAAAGGAAGAUGUUGUUUUCUGGUUCUAUUCAUUAUCCUCGAAGCACCCCUGAUAUGUGGCCAUCUCUAAUAUCAAAAGCAAAACAAGGUGGAAUAGAUGUGAUUGAGACCUAUGUUUUUUGGAAUCUUCAUGAGCCUCGUCCUGGACAGUAUGAUUUUAGUGGAAGACGUGACAUAGUAGUAUUCAUCAAGCAAAUUCAAGCACAAGGUCUAUACGCUUGCCUUCGUAUUGGGCCCUAUAUUGAGGGUGAAUGGACAUAUGGGGGCUUCCCGUUUUGGUUACAUGAUGUCCCUGGCAUUAUUUAUCGAUCUGACAACGAACCGUUUAAGUUAUACAUGCAAAACUUUACCACAAAAAUAGUGAGCUUGAUGAAGUCGGAAGGGUUAUAUGCCUCACAAGGAGGUCCAAUCAUACUCUCACAGAUUGAGAACGAAUAUCAAAAUAUAGAAAAAGCAUUCAGAGAAGAUGGCCCCCUUUAUGUUCGUUGGGCAGCAAAGAUGGCUGUGGAACUUCAGACUGGUGUGCCAUGGGUCAUGUGUAAACAAGAUGAUGCUCCUCAUCCUAUUAUUAACACAUGCAAUGGAAUGAAAUGUGGAGAAACAUUUAAAGGGCCAAAUUCACCCAAUAAGCCGUCACUCUGGACAGAGAACUGGACAAGCUUCUAUCAAGUGUAUGGUCAGAAUGUAACACUUAGAUCAGCAGAAGAUAUUGCCUUUCAAGUUGCUCUGUUCAUCGCAAGGAAGAAUGGAACGUACAUAAACUAUUACAUGUAUCAUGGAGGCACAAAUUUUGGCAGGACUGCUGCUGAAUUUAUGAUAACAAGUUAUUAUGAUCAAGCUCCACUUGAUGAGUAUGGUUUAAUCAGAGAACCAAAAUGGGGUCAUCUGAAGGAAUUACAUGCAGCAGUAAAGUUAUGCUCGGAAGCUAUACUUUCUAGUUUUCCCACCAUGCAAUCUUUAGGUCAACUACAGGAGGCUUAUGUAUUCAGUGGAGAUUCAGGAGCUUGUGCAGCAUUCCUGGUGAACGCAGAUAAUAGAAGAAGUGCAACGGUGCGAUUCCAAAAUUUGACAUACCAAUUACCUCCAAAAUCUAUAAGCAUCUUACCUGACUGCAACAUUGUAGCCUUCAAUACAGCCAAGGUGAGUACUCAAUUCAACACAAGAAGUUCGAGGCCAGUAUUCAAGUUUGAUUCAGCUGAGAAAUGGGAACAAUUCCAAGAUGUUAUUCCGCAAUUUGAUGCAACCACACUGAGAUCACAAACAUUACUGGAGCAAACGAAUACUACGAAAGAUGCCUCCGAUUAUCUUUGGUAUACUGCCAGUUUUGAGCAGGAUUCUCAGGAGCAGCAGGCUAGACUAAGUGUGAAGUCCUUAGGACAUGUUUUACAUGCUUUUGUGAAUGGAGCUCUUGUGGGUUCUGCUCAAGGACAAUUUAGAAAUACAUCAUUUACACUAGAAAGCAUGGUUGCUCUAAAUAAAGGGACAAACCAAAUCUCAUUACUAAGUGCAACGGUUGGCUUACCGGAUUCAGGAGCAUUUCUUGAGCGCAGGUCUCUGGGCGUACGUUCAGUGAUUAUUCAAAACAGUCUAGGGGUCAAAAUUUUCACUGUUUUCCCCUGGGGUUAUCAGGUUGGACUGUUGGGUGAAAAGUUACAAAUUUACACAUAUGAAGGAUCAAAGAAUGCUAAUUGGAGCAGCUUAGGCUCUUCUCAACAGCUCACAUGGUACAAGUCCAUUUUCAGUGCACCCAAGGGUGAUGGUCCAAUUGCUCUAAAUCUUGGGUCCAUGGGGAAAGGUGAAGCUUGGGUUAAUGGCCAAAGUAUCGGCAGAUAUUGGGUCUCAUUUCACACAUCUGCAGGUCUUCCUUCACAAACUUGGUACAAUGUUCCAAGGUCAUUUCUCAAACCUAGAAAUAACCUACUAGUUAUAUUUGAGGAAGAAAUGGGCAACCCUCUUAACAUCACUUUAGACGCAAUUUCAGUCACAAAGGCCUGUUUAGGGAAGGCAAAAUGCACUGUUGCCCAGUCAUAUAAGAAAUUCGGCAGUGAUCCGUGUCCUGGAGUUCAUAAGUCUCUGCUGGUUGAUGUUCAGUGCGAAUGAAUACACAACUUAUCAUCUCCUUCUUUUUGCUCUUUAUAAAUGGAAGAUGUAUAGAAUUACAGGGAUGUAUAGGUGCAUUCAUUUGAUACAUGUACGUCCAUAUAAUUAUAAGUUGAACUAGAGAAUUUUCCCAAUAUGUUA